UUCCUGUUCCUAUCCGGCACUCUUCAUCUCUUUCACCUGCACUGGAUCACUUCGCUGGUUUUCAUACGUUAUGCUCCGUCGUCGUCAUGGUAAGGACGAUGCCAAUUCGUCCCCCGACGACCCUGCCUCUCCUACUACUACCACGACCACGACGACUGUCGACAAGGACACCAUCCAUCCCACUACAAAUGAAGCCACCCAGACCCCAGAACUAGUCCACAAGCGCUCUCAUGAGCGCCGGAAUAAACGGCGCAAUGGGUUCAUCUUCUUGCUGGGUGGCCUUUUUGGCAUCAUUGUCGCCCUGUUCUUCGCCAACCAACAGGAAGUUAUCAGUCUGGAUUCGUUGACGGAAUUGAAUCUUGACUCCCUGGUAGAUGUUCUUCCGCAGGGUGUCAUGAAAGACGUAAAAGAGUUUUCAGUAACUAUUUCCUUAACCACCUUUUGGGUUCUCCCUGUUGCAUUGCCUUUGGUUCAACCCAUCGGGACUAACCUGCGGCCUACAAGCAGCAGCACGAACGUGAAACCGUCAGCUACGAUGCCUUCUCCGUCGGCCUGAAUCUUCUGUCUCAGGGUAUUGAGGCCAAACAUCCUAUUGUUAUGGUUCCAGGAGUUAUUUCGACCGGGCUCGAGAACUGGAGUACGGACCCCGAUUUUCGCCAGUACUUCCGCAAAAGACUCUGGGGCAGUUGGAGUAUGAUGCGGGCCUUGGUGUUGGAUAAGGCGGGGUGGAGAGAGAAAAUAAUGCUGGACAAGGAGACGGGCUUGGAUCCUCCUGGUGCGAAACUGCGUGCCGCCCAAGGAUUCGACGCUACGGAUUUCUUCAUCACGGGGUAUUGGAUCUGGAAUAAGAUCUUGGAGAAUCUCGCCGCCAUUGGAUACGAUCCUACCAAUGCCUUUACUGCCGCGUAUGACUGGAGACUGUCGUACCAGAAUUUGGAGGUUCGGGAUCAGUAUUUCAGUCGAUUGAAGUCUUAUAUCGAGACGGCCGUCCAUGUUAAAGGGGAUAAAGUGACUCUAGCUUCGCAUAGUAUGGGGUCACAAGUCGUACUACACUUUUUCAAGUGGGUUGAAAAUGAAAAUCACGGGAAAGGAGGGAAGGACUGGGUUAAUAGGCAUAUCGGUUCGUGGAUCAAUAUCAGCGGAUGUAUGCUAGGCGCUGCCAAGGGUCUCACGGCGGUCCUGUCUGGUGAGAUGAGAGACACAGCCCAGUUGAAUGCCUUUGCCGUGUAUGGGCUUGACAAGUUCCUCUCCAAAGAUGAAAGGGUCGAAAUCUUCCGCGCAAUGCCUGGCAUCUCCAGCAUGCUCCCCAAAGGCGGAGAGGCCGUGUGGGGAAACUCUACCUGGGCGCCAGAUGACCAGCCGGAUCAACCGAUGACAUUCGGCAACAUGCUGAAUUUCCGUGAAAGCAACUCCUCAUGGACUAAGAAGAACUUGACUUCUGCGGAGAGUUUGGCGUACCUCCUCGAUCAAAGCGAGCCGUGGUAUCGCAAUCAGAUCUUGGGUAACUAUUCCCACGGUGUGGCCCAUACUACUAAAGAGGUGGAAGAGAACGAGGAUGAUCCGAGGAAGUGGCUGAAUCCCUUGGAAACCCGACUCCCUUUGGCCCCUGACUUGAAGAUCUACUGCUUCUACGGUGUUGGCAAGCCGACAGAGCGCGGUUACUUCUACCAGGAGGAGAGAGACCCAAUGGUUAACUUGAACGUCAGUAUUGAUACCACCGUGACAAACAGCGGAGGCCUUGUGGAUCACGGCGUCGUCAUGGGAGAGGGUGACGGUACCGUCAACCUGCUGAGUACGGGUUACAUGUGCGCCAAGGGAUGGCGUAUGAAGCGCUACAAUCCCGCAGGGGUGAAGAUCAAGGUGUUCGAAAUGCUACACGAGCCCGAUCGGUUCUCUCCUCGGGGUGGUCCUAAUACGGGUGACCACGUCGACAUCCUCGGUCGCGCGUCUCUUAUAGAUCUCGUCCUCCGCGUAGCAGCGGGAAAAGGAGACUUGAUUGAGGAGACAUAUGUCUCGAAAAUCAGAGAGUAUGCUGAUCGUGUAAAGAUAUAUGAUGAUUGACGAACGGAUAAAUUAAGUUGCGUUUUUCCUUUUUCUGCCUUUAUGGAUCAUACAAUACCUGUUUUGUUUUCUUGCAAGCUGUUACAUUCUGGGAUUUCAUAUACAUAUGUACUUUUUAUUCUACUAACGUUGACGGCCUUCCCUUUCCGUUUUGAUGCUCACCCUGCUCACUGAGUAAAACUGAGCACGUGAUCCCUGACGGGCUCUGGCACGUUACACUUGGAUUUUCAGUCAACUGAGUAAACUGAACACUCUGUACAUAGGGUUGCUGGAUAUAUUUGGUCUUUCAAUCUUGCUUUUGGCCUUGAGAUCAAGACUUAUCUAACACAUCAACAUUAGCUCAUUUCACCAAGCCCCAUGUCUGGUCCCGCAAAAUGAAAAGGCUGCAGAUCACCAAGACGGCUUGGCCCCUGGUGCAGCCGGCGGAAACCCCAGAUUUCCUAUGAACCAUGGAAAUCAAAAGCCUGGGUGGGACCGAGUUUCUUACAUGGUCAAAACCACGAAACCACGCAGAAUUGCAACUCCUUUGUAUCAUAUCUUGUGAUGAAGUGUAAGGCCGCAAAGGCAGCAGCCUCAGGCCACACAAGAUCAGUUCUUACACAAUAAGGACCCUAUGUUUCC